AUGGAUCCUUCCAAUCCUUCCCACAUUGCAAAAAUGUUUAUGGAUUAUAUGAAUGAUGACAUGGAUGAAGAACUUGUGAGGUUGUUUAUGGAAGAAGAAGCCUCAAGCUCUAGAAGGCCUAGGCGUCAAAGAAGGAAUAUAGAGAGGAAUCGUGAAGAGGGACAUGAACGAUUGUUCAAAGAUUAUUUUUCAGAAACUCCGGUAUACACAAAUGAGCAGUUUCGUAGAAGGUACCGAAUGCAUAAACAUGUGUUCCUUCGUAUUGUUGAAGCUCUAGGUCAACAUGAUGAGUAUUUUCGAAUGAUGGUUGACGCAACAGGUAGGGCAAGUCUUUCACCAUUACAAAAAUGCACUGUUGUUAUCCGUAUGUUGGCAUAUGGAACAUCUGCUGAUAGUGUGGAUGACUAUUUGAGAAUUGGUGAAACCACGACACUAAAAUGUGUUGAUAAGUUUACACGAGGAGUGAUCAACAUCUUUGGUGCACAAUAUUUGCGAAGGCCAAACGCCGAAGACAUUGAACGCUUAAUGCAAAUGGGAGAGGCACGAGGAUUUCCAGGUAUGUUAGGGAGCAUUGACUGCAUGCAUUGGGAAUGGAAAAAUUGUCCUGUUGCAUUGAAAGGACAAUAUGUUCGAGGCGAUCAUGGGAAACCAACUGUUAUGCUUGAAGCAGUGGCUUCACAAGACUUAUGGAUUUGGCAUGCAUUCUUUGGGGUAGCGGGUUCAAACAACGAUAUUAAUGUGUUGAACCAAUCCAAUGUCUUCAACGAUGUUCUGCAAGGACGAGCUCCCGAGGUUCAUUAUACAAUCAAUCGUACUGAAUACAACAAGGGCUAUUAUCUAUCAGAUGGUAUUUAUCCUGAAUGGGCCACGUUUGUAAAAAGUAUCUCGAUGCCACAAGGGGAUAAGAGAAAAUUGUUUGCCCAACAUCAAGAAGGGGCAAGAAAGGAUAUUGAACGAGCAUUUGGAGUUCUUCAAUCCCGAUUUGCAAUCAUAUGCAAUCCAGCACGAUCUUGGCACUUAGACACACUCCAGCGCAUAAUGAAUACAUGCAUCAUAUUACACAACAUGAUUGUUGAAGAUGAAUGUGCAACAUAUGGUGGAAAAUUUGAUUUUUCUUAUGAUCAUUUGAGUAAUGAUGCGACAAUAUUGUCGAACGAUUCUAAUAUUGAUUUUCAAGAGUUCAUGCGUAGAAGAUUUGAUAUUCGUGAUAAACAAGUUCAUCAACACCUUCAACAAGACUUGAUAGAACAUAUAUGGCAACGUUAUGGACAUGAGAAUAACAACAAUUGA